CUGCAUCUCAUCUCCCUCCCUCCCUAACCUCCCCCACCACCCAACUUGCCCAUCGCACUCUUUUGCCUCCACAGACACCCCCACAUACCCCCAUCGGGCCUUCUCGCCACCCAUUUCAGCCUUCUCCGAAAUCUUCCUCGCCCUUAUAAACCUCGGCCUCGCCACUGCUCCCCCCUCAAACCGCACCAUGUCUUUCCUCGCCGACUUGUCCUACAACACCACCCUCGUCUCCACCAUCACCCCCACCGCUCUCCACGCCCCAUUCUACCACACCACCCGUCCACAUCUCUUCUCCUUCAUCUCGGACAAAUAUCUCUCAAUCGCCGCUCCCAUCCUCGCCUACUGGUUCUACUCUACCUUCUUCCACUGCAUUGACACCGCCCAGUUCCCGUACUUUGAGAAGCGCCGCAUCCAUGAUUCGCCAGAGAUGCUCGCGCGAAACAAGGUGACGAUCUGGGAUGUCAUCAAGGCGGUCGUUCUCCAGCACGUUAUCCAGGCUGUGCUGGCCUGGUGGUGGAUCGAGGACGAUGAAGUGAUUCUUCAAAGAGAGAUCUACAAGGACCACUUGGCGGCUAUGGGCCAUAUGGCCCCGUGGGUGGCUGACGGGACGCUGUUGGUCUUGGGCAGGAGAACCGGCGAGCAACUGCUCAAGAACCAUGGAGAAGCUAUGGUGCGCUGGCUGUAUUGGUGGGGUAUCCCUGCUGCCCAGAUGCUCUUUGCUUUCUUCAUCAUCGACUCCUGGCAGUACUUCUGGCACCGCGCCAUGCACACCAACCGCUGGCUCUACCGUCACUUCCACUCGCACCACCACCGUCUCUAUUGCCCCUACGCCUUUGGUGCUCUUUACAACCACCCCGUCGAAGGCUUUAUUCUUGAUACUCUUGGUGCCGCGAUUGCCGAAGAAGUCUCAUUCAUGACUGUUCGACAGGCGACCUUGCUCUUUACCGUUUCUACGCUCAAGACGGUCGAUGACCACUGCGGCUACAGGCUCUGGUGGGACCCCUGCCAGCUGCUGUUUGCCAACAAUGCCGACUACCAUGACAUUCAUCACCAGGCGUAUGGUAUCAAGGCCAACUUUAGUCAGCCCUUCUUCACCAACUGGGACAAGAUCUUGGGGACAAGAAUGUCCCGCGAAGAAGCCGAUGGCAAGAGCCGAUGGAAGCCCGUCAGUGGCGACCAUGUCCUUGCGCAAGCUCCGGCCAAGAAGCUAGAAUAGGUGCCUCUCUGAGGAUCCGUCAAGAUUGGGGGUCAACGUUUUCCUUUCUUUAAUUCCAUACUGUAAUACCAUCAUUCAACACCAUCCAUAUUCGACAUUGCAUUAGUGGGCGGUUCGCUCUUCUUUUAUGAAAUACAGUUAGCAUGUAUCGCAGGUGCGGGAAG